CUUUCAGAUGCAUCGCCUUUGACAGCUGUCAUCCGCUGCGCUCUGCACAAAAACAUUCUCGACCAAAAUACGCAGAACACGCAAAAGAAAGACACACACAGAAAAUAGAAAAAAAAAAAAGUUACAGUACAAGGCGAGCCUAGCGUAAAAAAUUAAUUUCCCGCAGUUUUCUUCGUGAAGCUUUUCACCGUGUUUACUUUAUUCGCUGCGUGCGUGUGACUCAGCUUCUACCUCCGGGAGGGAGACCCCUUUUUUUGCUACAGCGAGAGAUGGGAAACGCAGGAAGUAAUUUACCCCGCGAGCGCCAUAAAUCCGGAUCCAAUGAUCCAAUACCUGGCUCACCAAUGAAGGACGAUCAGGCGUUUGUGUUCGACCGGAAGCCACACAUCCACGGGUACCCGUACGCAACCGAGGAGGAGGUGGAACCGUACGGUUACUCCAAAUCCGUUCCGGAUCCGGAGUUUACCCGCGAACCGAGGAAACGAUCGAGCACCAUGUCCGAGGGUACCACACCGUCCGAUAUGCCUGCAGGAGUGGGUGGGGCGGGUGGUGGUCCGGGCGGACCGCAGGAAGAGGAACCCCAAUCGACCACACUGCCGACCGUGUUCAAGUGGGACGGUGGUGGCAAGCAGGUGUUCAUCAGCGGCACGUUCUCGCAGUGGAAGGUGCUGCCGAUGGUGAAGUCGCACGCCGAUUUUGUCACCAUCAUCAACAUCCCGGAAGGGGACCACCAGUAUAAGUUUCUGGUCGAUGGCGAGUGGAAGCAUGAUCCGAAGCUGAAAAAUGUUGAAAAUGAUUCGGGCUUCACGAACAAUCUCGUGACCGUGCGUCAGUCCGACUUUGAAGUAUUCCAGGCGCUGGCCAAGGACAGCGAAGAUACGGGCAAGGACGAAUCGAAAGACUGGGGCCAGGAUAUACCGACCGCCAGACCGUGGGGCAAGGAAUCGGGACCACCGAUACUGCCGCCCCAUCUGCUGCAGGUCAUUCUCAACAAGGACACACCACUAUCGUGCGAGCCAACACUUCUUCCCGAACCGAAUCACGUCAUGUUGAACCACCUGUACGCCCUAUCGAUCAAGGACGGUGUAAUGGUGCUGAGUGCGACCCAUCGCUACCGGAAGAAAUACGUAACCACACUACUUUACAAACCGAUUUAGACACGAAUGGGAGGAGGGAGGUGAUGGGGUGGGUGAAUUUUCAUAUACUUUUCCAGCAAACACACAAGCUGGAACAACAUAUUAGCUAGGGGACAAUGGGGGGACAAACCAAAAAGCUGAAACACACCAUACACACACAACCGCAAGAUGGUUGAUUUGAAAACGGAAAACGGAAAGGACAACCGUGACGAUAUAGCUGUGAGCAAGAACCCCCCCAAAACAGAGGUCACAAGAAACAACAAAAAAAGCUAAAUGUAUUCUAUUCCUCACAGUUUGUUGAUUAUAUUGCAUAGUUUGUAGUUACUAGAGAAGGAAAAAACCAGUCAGAUUACAUAUGAUUCGUCAGGGAAAAACAAAAUACGCUGCGUGCCUGAAGAAAUCAGAUUGACGGAAGAGACAGCGAAGGGACGUAACAGUUAUAGCAAUUGGCGAAGAUCAUACAUAUAUAUAUUUUUUUAAAUGCUUUCCGUUCAAACCAUGACGAUGGCUUACAAAUACGAAUCUUCGUGUAAAUAAUGUGUCUGGAUAUGAGAUGUAUCGGUUAAAGCAAGAAUAAAGUUUUUCCAACACAUAAACAAAUGAACUUGAUUUAAAA